GCGGGCGACUGAGCAGACUGAGCCCGGUGGUAACGUUAUGGAUGAACGGACCCCGAUCGAAGCAGCGCGCCGCUUGCCCCAAAUGGCGGAGUGAGUGAGGAUGCGACUCCCCAGUUCCAUCUUUGUGUCGGUGUCUCUGUUCACGGCCGAGACCACGGCAGCGCUCUACCUCAGCUCCACGUACCGCUCCGCCGGAGACCAAAUCUGGCAGGGGCUCACGCUCCUCUUCACGCUCGUGCCGUCCGUGCUCGUGCAGCUGACCCUCACCUUCAUCCACCGGGACCUCAGCAGGGACAGACCGCUCGUUCUGCUGCUGCACAUCCUGCAGCUCGGACCCAUCGUCAGGUGUCUGGAGGCAUUUUGUAUCUAUGGCAGUGUGGGCCAAGUGGAGGAGCCUUAUGUCAGCAUCACCAGGAAGAAGCAGAUGCCCCGCGGGGGUCAGUCUGAGGAGGUGGAGCGGCAGGUGGGGCAGGCGGAGGGGAAACUGUUUACGCACCGGGCAGCCUUUGCCCGCACCUCUGUCAUUCAGGCCUUCCUGGGAUCGGCCCCCCAGCUCACCCUGCAGCUCUACAUCUGCGUCCUGCAGCAGGGGGUGUCCAUCGGCAGAGGCACACUGAUGGUGAUCUCCCUCCUGUCCAUUGUGUAUGGAGCACUGCGCUGCAAUAUCCUGGCCAUCAAGAUUAAAUAUGACGACUAUGAAGUGGACGUCCGGCCCAUGGCUUAUCUGUGCAUAUUCCUGUGGAGGAGCUUUGAGAUUGCCACCCGUGUGGUGGUCCUGGUUCUGUUCAGCUCCGUGCUGCAGCUCUGGGUCCUGCCUGUGGUUCUGCUGAACUUCCUAGUUUUCUUCCUCUACCCCUGGAUCCUGUUCUGGCAGAGCCACUCCCCGUUCCCUGAGAAUAUAGAAAAAACUCUGACUAGGGUGGGAACCACCAUUGUGCUUUGCAUGCUCACCUUCCUCUACGCCGGCAUCAACAUGUUCUGCUGGUCGGCCGUGCAGGUCAAACUCAAUGACCCGGACCUGAUCAAUAAGUCCCAGAACUGGUAUCGCAUGGCCGUGUACUACAUGUUGCGUUUUGUGGAGAAUGCCUCGCUGCUUCUGCUGUGGUACAUCUAUAAAACUGACUUCUACGACUUCAUCUGCGCGCCGCUGCUGGUGCUGGAGCUGCUGGUAGCCUACGCCAUCGCCAUCUUCUUCAUGCUGGUCUUCUACCAGUUCUGUCAUCCCUGUCGGAGGCUUUUCUCCUCCAGCAUGUCCCAGGGCCUUUGGGAUUGCUCCUCUCUUCUCUGUCUGAUGUGCAACUCUGCGUCGCCGCAGAACAGGCCGAUAGGAAAGGCCAUCCUGGAGCCACCGAGCCCCUCCACACACAAGGAGGUAGCUAAUGACACAGCCCAUGACACAGCCAGUGACACCACAGACGACAUUGUUAACGACACGACGUACGACAUGCUCAACGACACAAUGUAUGACAUUCCUAAUGAAAUGGGCAAUAAUAUAGGAGGUGGAAUCAAUGGCGACAUUGGCCACAGUGUGUCCUGCAAUGCUUAAAGUAUCAGUUGUUUGACGUGCCAUUCAGAGGAUCGGCUCUGAAAGUCAUCAAACCUUCUGUAACCUUUUAAGUGCCACAUGAAUCCGUCUGUGAGUUUAGUUUCCAUUUUAAAUCCUUUGAUCUUAACCUCACACAAUAUAACCCUCCCAACUCUGUUUUCUACCAUAGUCUGUUACUCGGACAUGAAGCAAAUGUGUCCUUAACCUGAGAUCUAUCCUGGCUGCAAACAUGCAUAGUGUCCACUUUGUGUUCACCAGUGUGGAGAAACACUGCGAAGGUGGUGCUCACCCAUCUCACCAGCUAAAACCCUAACCUGUCGUCCUGCAGCCUUUAAUACAAAUAAAGACCCAUGCCAUGGACAGCGCCAUUGCUUAUUUAGGUUUGAAGACUGUAUCCACUUAUAUGCUGCAUUACUGAUCACAAGGAGCCAUGCAUUUGAACUGAUUGUAUUUAAUAUCUGUGUUUGGCAUGGAAGUGUGCAUGUCUGGAGCCUUCGAUGAGGUCUAACUAUUAUUCCCCUUGGGGGGGUGUGUUUUGUACAGAUUUUUUUUUUUUUUCCUGAACCUCCUGCUAGUUCUACGGCUGCAAGCAAUCAGCAUUUUUUACUCCUUGAUAAGAGCUUUAUCAUCAACACGCGCUGCUUCUGUGAUGUAUUUGUGCUUGUCUAUGUGACGUGAAUCUCCACACACUGUUAAAGAGCCUGGUGGAUCACCAAACACGUUACUUCAAGGCACGCACCUCCCAGAGUGUAAUAUUUUUGCACGUUUACAAAAUGGAAUUAAGUGGCUUUGGUUCAACCACCGAGCAGCAACAGCUGUUGUGAUGUUAAAUGCUUUUGUUUUGGAUGUAUUUGCAUUUUUCUACUUCACGCUUGUUACGUCUCUCAGCUCUGCGUCUGUAUGUCUCAUCAGUUAGAAUAUUUACACCAAGUGCACACAAAUUGAUAUCUAAUUAAGAAAUGUUUGGAAUUGUAAAAAGUAUUUUUGAUUUUUUUUCCAACCUUUAACGUUUAAUGGUGGUGUGAGAGGGGAUGUCAGUGUUUGUUUUUGCACUAACUCCUUUUUGCAAUGCAUCCACAGAGGGAUGAAAGCCUCCGGAAUCACAUGAAUGCUCCUAAUUUUUGUACAAAUAAGACAACCAACCUUUGAAGCCAAAAAAAAUAUGAAAACCUAUGGUACACAUCAAACAUUCUCAUACAUGACAAGAUAAACGGCAUUUAAAAGAUUAAAUCCUACUUAAAAAAUUAAAAUAAAUUUAUAUUUAUA